UCUCCAGUUCUACGCGCUACAGGGCAGAGAAAAGUCAAAAGAAAGGAAGCCGCCGCGAAGAAAAAGUGCUUUUGUGGCCGAAAUGGUGUCGCUGGGGCAGAAAAAGGAUGGUAGUCCCAAUGUGGAGUUCUUCCAGUCCCCGGAAACGCUACAGGGAUUUGAGACAGUGCGUGCGUGGUUGCAGAAAAACAGCAAGAAGUACGUCCACCAGGAUCCACCAACGAAGGAAUCUUUGUCACAGCUGUUGAUUCAAUUUAUUCAGUAUCAGGAAACAAAAUUGGGCAAAAAUGCAGUUGAUCCACCAACAACGAGACUCCCGAUGCGAUGUUUCUUGGAUUUCAAGCCCGGUGGGGCGCUAUGCAAUAUUUUCACGUCAAUGUAUCGCUACAAGUCGGAGCAGCGAUGGAAGAAAUUUGAUUUUACAGUGACUAAAAAUACAUCCCGGAAGGACCCAAAUACACAGAUGCUGGUUGAAAUUGAAACAGCUCUCAUUGAGGCAGAAUGCUUACGACUGCCAGUUGUCUACAUUCGUCCGGAAGUCGAUAAGGCACUUGCGGCAAAGGUUAAGGAUAUCAUAACAAAGCACCAGGGUGAGUUGACGGAGGAUGAGGAGGAGGCAACACACAUAAUCUACCCUGUUGUGGAUCCCCUACCUGAGGAGUAUGCUCGUCCGGCAUUUAAGCGUGAGAAGAAUGUCAUGAUGCAUUGGUACUACUUCCCGGAAUCCUAUGAUUCGUGGUUGCCGAAUAAUUUUGACCUUCCGGACAUGGUGCCAGACAAUAUUGGCAGUCCCGGGGAUCGUUGGAGGGUGUGUGCGCUGUGGGUACUGCAUUUGGAUCAGUACAACGAAUGGAUGGCCGAGGAGGACUACGAAGUGGAUGAGCAGGGACGCAAGAAGGUGCAUCGCCUUCGACUUACAGUUGAUGACCUCAUGACACCGAGUGGGGAUGAGAAGAGUCGUGCAAGGAAUAAGAAUCCCAAACGUAAACGCUCCCCAACACCUCCGCCAAAUCCCAAGACGAGCAAGAGGAAGAGUGGACGUUCUCCGGCUGUUUUCCAGAAGAAAACUCGCAGUGGGGAUGGGGAUGAUGAUGAGGAUCUCACGCGUGAUAUGGACGAUCCACAGCCAGAGCCAAACAUCCAAGAGGUGCCGAAGGUGCAGCCAAAUACAUCCUCAACGGCGAGCCCCGCAACGCCAUCAAAUAAGCAACGAGAUUCGGAACUUCUACCCAUAAAGGGGGGUACUGUGACGGAUCUCGAUGAGGACAUGGAGCGCGGGGAGGAUUCACAGACGGGCAAGACGAGUGACAACAGCAACACACAGGAUUUCCAGCCAAAGGAUGAUCUGGAGGACAAUGUAACCGAGCAGACGCAUCACAUCAUUGUCCCUUCGUAUUCUGCGUGGUUUGACUACAAUUCCAUCCAUGUGGUGGAAAAGCGCGCCAUGUCGGAGUUCUUCAAUGGCAAGAAUAAGUCCAAAACACCCGAGAUCUAUAUGGCAUACAGGAAUUUCAUGAUUGACACGUACCGGCUGAAUCCAACGGAAUAUCUCACCAGUACCGCAUGUCGACGCAAUUUGGCCGGAGAUGUGUGCGCCAUAAUGCGUGUUCAUGCCUUCCUGGAGCAAUGGGGCUUGAUAAAUUACCAGAUUGACACGGAUUGCCGGCCAACACCAAUGGGUCCACCACCUACAUCCCACUUCCACGUCCUGAGUGACACACCAUCAGGAUUGCAGCCGGUCAAUGCACAGAAGACACCUCAACCGUCUGCUUCGAAGAUGCUCUUUGAUUUGGAUAAGAAGCAAAAGGACAAGGAGGGUGGUGAGGGCGCCACUCCGGGAGCUCUCGGCGGGGCGACAGUUAAGACAGAAGGUGGUGUAGCACCUCCUGUACCCGGUGGUAUUGAACCAGGGGCACAAUUUGGCCUGAAACUCGAUCAGUAUGGGAAGAAACCAUCGGCAAUGCGCAAUAAGACAGCAGCAAAUAUGGCACGAGAGUGGACAGAGCAGGAAACCCUGCUACUCCUUGAGGGUUUGGAGAUGUACAAGGAUGAUUGGAAUAAGGUGUGUGAGCAUGUUGGUUCCCGGACACAAGAUGAGUGUAUUCUGCACUUCCUUCGACUACCCAUUGAGGAUCCCUACCUGGAGGAUGACAACUGUAUUGGGCCACUUGCCUAUCAACCCAUUCCAUUUAGUAAAUCCGGCAAUCCCAUUAUGUCCACUGUAGCCUUCUUGGCUUCCGUUGUGGAUCCCAGAGUGGCAGCAGCUGCAGCCAAAGCUGCCAUGGAGGAAUUUGCUGCUAUAAAGGAUGAGGUUCCAUCGUCAAUAAUGGAUGCACAUUUUAAGAAUGUCGAGAAGUCCGGGUAUGGUGGGAAAUUCGAUCCAUACGCUGGUUUAGCAAAUAGCGGAAUUGCCGGAACGGCCCCGGAAAAGGAGGAAGAUGAGAAACAACCAGGUGGUGAUGAAGAAAUGAAGGAUGUUUCCAAGAAAGAUGACAAAACUCAAGAAUCAAGUGGUGCGGAGGCAUGCAAAACGAGUGAUCCGUCUGCUGUGGGCGAUAAGAGUAGCCUCAAGAUCACAGAGGCUGCUGCUGCGCCGUCAGAUAGUAGUUGUAAUGAUGAAAGUAAAAGUAGUGAAAAAACAUCUUCAGAAACCACCCCGGGAUCACCGCCCAUUCAAGCGGCAGCUGGUGGAGCAGCAGCACCUCCAGGGGGUGCACCCGGCGCCCCGGCUGUUGCUAAUGUUAAUGGGGCUGCUGCUGCUACGGCAGGAACGGCGGCAAAGGAGAAUGGGACGGAUAAGCCGAAGCUCUUCAAUGAGGCCAAUGUCCAGUCGGCUGCAGCUGCGGCUCUUGCGUCAGCGGCCGUCAAAGCGAAGCACCUGGCAGCCGUGGAGGAGAGGAAAAUCAAGAGUCUCGUGGCACUCCUGGUGGAAACGCAGAUGAAGAAGUUGGAGAUUAAAUUACGGCAUUUUGAGGAGCUUGAAACAACGAUGGAACGCGAGAGGGAAGGUUUGGAGUAUCAGAGACAACAACUCAUUACGGAGAGACAGCAAUUCCACUUGGAACAGCUGAAGGCAGCUGAAUUUAGGGCACGUCAGCAGGCACAUCAUCGAUUGCAGCAGGAACAGGGACAACAGCAACAGCAGCAGCAGCAGCAACAACAGCAGCAGUGGCAACAAAAUCCGAAUGCCCCAGCAUCAGCAGGAAGUACUCCGGGGCCACAGCAGCCGCCGCAACAGCCGGCACCGCCGCAUCAGGCUAUUGUACCGCCAACACAGCAGCCAUCAGGAGGUGGGGGUCCACCUGGAGCUGUUGUUCAGCCACCACCGCAGCAGGUUCCGCCAUCAGCGUCAGCAGUUGUUCCAGCACAGGGACAACUUCCUCCACAACCACCAGCACCGUCACAGCAGCAGCAGCCACAGCCACAGCAGCAACCUCCAGCUGGUGGUAGUUUACCCGGUGGCAAUGGGGCGCCCCCAUCGAUACCCAGCAGACCCUAGAGGGGCUCGUCAGCAUCUCCUCGCAGAAGAAGUAGGAGACGCACAAAGUAAAGUAAUCUCUAGGGCUAUCUCUCUCACUCAAUUCUUAUCAAUUUUAAUUUAAAAAAAAACAUCUUUAUUUUUAUUUUUAUUUCAACGGAUUUAUUUAUUCUUUCCGGGAAAAAAAUUGAAAGUUUUCUUUUCAAAUUGAGAGAGAAAAUGAAGAAAAAUCUUUAAAAUACAGAGAGAGAGCAAAGGAUCUCUUUCAAAUUCAUGUGGGGGUGUGCUUGAAGAAGAAAAAAUGAUUAAUUCCAAGAAUUUCUUUUCACGGUGCGCUGCUUCACUCGAUUUUAUUUUAAUUUUGACUUUAAAAAAAAAAGUUUAAAUUUAUUGAUUUGAAUGGAGGGAUAUGGAAUUUUUUAUUAUAAAAUUUUCACAAAAAAAGUUUAUAAUUAUUUAAAAGUAAUUGAGAGUGUAGCAGUGUUAAUAUUAAUUAAGAACGAUAGAUAGUAUUGAUAAAGGAUAAAAUAAAUAUUUGUAGGUAAAAUUAUUCAUUCAAAAAAUGGUAAAUUUUUAGAAAUAUUUUUUACUUUUAGAUUUUUUAUUUCAGUUACUUUCAACCAAUAUAUUUUCUUUUUAUUUUAGGGAUGUUUUUGUUUGUGAAAUUGCAAAAAAAGGAUGAAUCGUAUUUAAAAGAAAAUAAAUGUAGAAUUAAUUCCUCACAUUACAUAAAAUACUUAAGGACCUUAAGGAUAAAAAAAUAUGAAAAACUCAUACAAUUUGUGAAAAAUUAGCGUCUCAAUUAAAAUAAAAUAAUAAUCUUAAUGAAUAAUAAAGAAUAUUGAAUAGAAAAUAAAA